UCAUUCAUAAACGCCAUACCGGUACGGUUGGCACGACUGGUGGCGUUUCGCCCGGAACUUACACCCGCGUCCGUCCCAGCAGCGCCAACUCCGCGGGCGUCGUCGUCGUCGUCGUCGGCGGUGGGGUCUGCGACGGCAGCUUUCGUGGUGGCGCGGCGCCCGACCGUCAAACGCGCACCAAACUCUUUAUGUGGUACGCUAUCACCGUCGCGGCGCCGUCAUCGAACAUAUUAUAAUAUUAAUAUAACAAUUUUAUUCGUUCGUCGGUACACCCUGUUUCGUAGUAUACGCGCGCACGUUUAUAAAUACACACACACACACACAUACGAUCGCGAGGAAGUUUGUAAACACGAUAUUAUUAUUAUUAUAUUUAAAGUGUACUGCAAUAACAGUCACGUACACACACACACACACCCACGAAUAUUUUUAUUUAUAUAUCUACAUACACGCAGUGUACGCACACAUCACACCACGAGCAAGUGCAUUUCAUUAUAUCCGGUAUUGUUCCGCCGGAAGUAUGAAUGGCGCUAAAUGCGCCGCGUGCCUUGCCGCCGUCCUCUUCGUACUUUUCGCGUUCGUCGUCAAAGGUGCAAAAUCUAUAAUAUGUUACAAGUGCAAUUCUAAAUAUGAUCCGAGGUGUGGAGAUCCAUUCAAUCCGUACACCAUCGGUUUAGUUGAUUGCAACAUAACAGACGUUCCUAGUCACUUGAAAGGAAGAGAACCAGUGAUAUGUCGGAAGACUGUCCAAAAUAUUCACAAGAGUAUUCGGAUAGUGCGGGAUUGCGGGUACAUAGAGGAUCCUGUUCACGAUGACCAGGAUUGCUACAGCAGACUCGGGUCACAUGACAUCGACGUUACCCAUUGCUCCUGYACUUCAGACAUGUGCAAUGGUUCUAGGGAUGUCUCCAAUGGACCGUACUGGUACAGCGCAACCACCACAGCGAUGGUAGCUACUGCCACCGUCACCAUAAUGGGGUUCUUCCUUAAUAUACACCAUUUAUAGUCUUAUAGACGGGAUUUGCGAGAUCGAACCCGAUCGAAGUUAAGCGAGAGAUAAAAUUAACUUUAAAAGUCAUUUUAAAUAACAAACGCUUUAUAACAUAGCCCAGACAGACUUAUAUAUUGAAGGUAUCACUCGACGAAAAUAUAAUGACAUAAGACGUCCAAAUUGUAUAUUUAUGAUACAUUUUAUUAUUAUUUCCUGUAUUAUGGUCAGAGUGCGGAAAAACGUUACGAAAUCGCUAAAAUGUAAUAUGCUAAGAGCUUCACGUUAAUAUAGACACGAAAAAAAGCGCAUAUACCUACUUGUAUAUGAAUAUAUUAUAUGAUAAUAUUAUGGUUAUAUAUUAUAUGAUAUUAUAUGACACGCAGAUCUAUUCUGACAUUUAACCCAUAUAAUAUAUAUAUAUAAAUACUAAUAUACAGUCUUCGAGCGAUAUCUUCAUGUUUUAUUAUUUUUAAGAAAAAAAAAAACGAUAAAUAUAUUUUUUUUUGCCGAAAUACGUGUUUUUAAUAGCUCAAUUAAGUAAAAAAAAUUUUUGCACUAUAACUUAUAACAUAUGUAUAAAAACAAUAAAUUGUGAAUUUUUAUUGACUCAGACGACUCUCAUAGUUUCAUAAUACUAUUUUAAUUAGAGUUAUCUUUGUUUUUAUGAUGAAUUCAAACCGUUUAUUAAACAGUUUAUUUUCGUGUUACACAAAAGAUCCGUUAUGGUACAUAAAUUCACUUACGACACGCGAAUUAUAUUUUUGUAUUACAUUAUCGUAGAUGUAAUGUUAGAAAAUCGUUUUUGCUGAGCCAUAUUUUUAAUUAGAGAAAUGCCGAAUUGGAAACCGACAAUGAACUGUACCUACGCGAUAACAAUCUCAACAUAUUAUGUGCAUAAUAUGCAAAGCCCAACAUUUGAUUUUUACAUAACGUUACUCGUGUUAAGCAUUUUUUUCUCUGAAUAAACUAUUAUAAUAAUAUACAAUAUAUGAAUUAUUUAAUAAUAUUAAACUAUUUUUUUUAUUUUAWKUUUAAUUGAGUAUGAAAUCUUAUAGAUCACAAAUACUACAUGUCUUCACUGUCAUAUUAUUAAAUACACUUUUUAUUCUGAACAAGYAGAAAAACAAUCUGACUUAAACGUAGAACUGGGUAGAAGUACAUUUUAAAGUUAAUGAAUUAUUUUUAAAAACAAAAUAUAACAACAUUUUAUCCAUACAUUAUAAUAAU